AACAAGCCCGCUACAAGGCGUGGUAUUCUGUCUGUUGUUAGCUCAGUUUAUGAUCCACUUGGUUUUCUAGCGCCCGCCCUACUGCCAGCAAAACUUAUUCUAAGAGACUUAUGCAAAGAAAAAUUUGGGUGGGAUGAAGAAGUAGAAGUCAAACACAUUCAGAAAUGGAAAAAAUGGAUGGAUGAUUUGCAGUUACUUAUAGACUAUAAAGUAAACAGAUGCUUCAAACCUACUGGAUUUGGAACCAUAAAAACAGCACAAAUGCACCAUUUUGCAGAUGCUAGUGAAGAUGGAUAUGGCACUGUCACCUACCUUGUCUUAACCAACGAAGAGGGUAAAAAGCAUUGUUCAUUCCUGAUGGGCAAGUCAAGAGUUGCACCACUGAAACAGGUCACGAUUCCAAGAUUGGAGCUGACUGCAGCCGUUGUGGCAGUUAAAAUGGACAAAAUGCUUAAAGGUGAGCUUCAAAUGCCCUUAGAGGAAUCUACAUUUUGGACAGAUAGCACCACGGUGCUAAAAUACAUUUCAAAUGAAAGCACUCGGUUCAAGACCUUUGUUGCCAACAGAAUCUCUGUGAUCAGAGAUCAUUCACAGCCUUCUCAGUGGAGGUAUGUCACAUCUGCCCUUAACCCGGCUGAUCAAACAUCCAGAGGGCUAAGCAUAGAAAACUUUCUCAAAAGCACCACAUGGUCACAAGGUCCAAGUUUCUUAUUGAAGCCCGAACGGGAGUGGCCAAAAAGACCAGAUCAACUGAACAAUUCACUCACUGAAGAUGAUCCAGAAUUCCUGAGGCUGUUAGAUGUUUUACGUCCAAUAAACUCUUUCAUGGGUGUAAUGGAGCUAGAUGCUGAGGACAAGAAGAUAUGGGAAAAGACAAUCUGCUGUGGCAAGCCCUAA